UCUGUGCGACAGCGCGGUCACGUCGCCGUAGCGCACAUCCCACGUCAACGGAAUGGAUAGAGCAGAGUCAAUUACUACAGCUGCAUCGACGUCCGAGGGCUCUUCUCACGGACCUGCGAUCUCGCGGCUCCCUGUGGAGGUCUGCGAACGGAUCAUAGACUACCUAGCUGCGGGAUGGGAUACGGGUUACGUUGUUGCAAAGGGCGAGCCACAUCUGACCGCUCUCACAUCCUGCGCCCUCGUAUGCCAAGACUGGUACUUCCUGACGUGGUACCACCUUCGUCGACGCGUCCAUCUACGAGAUCGGACGGACGUCCUCUCGCUCUCCAAGACACUCCGCGCAAAACCUCGCCUCCGUGAGGUCAUUCAGCAGGUCGUCAUAUCGGGUGCUUCUCCCGGGGAGCGUCAACCGAUCCGGCACCUGGGGACGUUUGCCGUUAUGCUCGCGGGCAAGGCUCCGAGGUUGCGGGUGAUCACCAUUGAAGAUGCUGAGUGGACCAUCGGCUCAGUCCGAAUGGAGGACAUCGGCUUCCUAGGGGUGUUCAGCUACAUCAGCACUCUAGACCUCUCCAAUGUCACCUUGUCGAGCGUCGCCCAGCUGUCCCACCUCGUUUCAGCACUCCCGCGGCUUAGGAUAUUAUUGUGCCUCAAUGUUGACUGCUUGCAGAAACAGCACGUCUCCCCGGCCUCUCUUCCACUGAACUCUGCAAAUCUGGAGGUUCUCGAAGUGCGAUGGGUUGCACCAGCAGUCGAAGACCUCUUCGUGCAGAUCAGCCGGGCUUCUCGAGUGCGCUAUCUCGCUCUUGGGGUGGACGGCGAGUUGGAUCCAUCCUCGGCAGCCAGCAGAAGCCAGACUUUGCUGGAUGCGAGUUCCACAUCUGCAGCAACGGUUGUGCUCUAUAUUAAUCACCGUUCUCCUAUUCGUGAUGAUGCAAUUGAUGCCACAGUCGAGCGACAUUGCAACCUUUCACACCACGACCACCUGUGGAGGUUGGAGAUCUCCCUGUACCACCCCUUUGCAGCAUGGCCCUGGAUCCCGCACAUUCUGUCUCGCAUCGUCUCGAAACACUUCCAAGCUAUGGCUGUUACGUUACGGCUUCGGACAGACCACAACGCCGAAGACCUGGACGGACUGCUGACGACAGUGGAGCAGGAUGAUGUCCUGGCGCGAUUGGACAGUAUACUGCAGGAGAAGCGCUUCUCCAAUACUGUUGCGUCGCGUGGCUUCUGUAUAGGCCUUGGCGAUUAUGGAGCCUAUUGGGCGUCUGGCAAUACUGGGAUGGGUUCAGCACUACGAGAGCGGUACGAUCGGUUGGACGAGCUCGUCAGGCGGAAGAUGCCACACUCGCAUGGACGAGGUAUUUUGAGCACUGUGCCUAACUUCCAAGAAUUCUACAGCUGGAGGGAUGACAUGGAAGAGAUACAUCGUCGCCGUAUGCAAGUUGAACAGAAGAAACCCGCCGGAGAGGAUGCGCACCCCCGGCCCAAGGGUCUUCGACGCAACACGUAUUGACAUCCCUGCAACCCUGCAUCCUGGUUCGUAUCGUCGCAUGGAGUUCAAUGGCCCCGCGGCCGCAACGUGGGUCGAUAUGUCGCUAGGGUCGGAGAAAGAAUUCGCGCCCAUUCACUUAUGCUUGUAUCGCAUAUGAUCAUUUCUCGGGUAUUGAAGAAUUGGACGGACGGCGGUACGGUUGUGUCCUCGAGACAGACAUUCGAUUGUUCUAGAUUUCAAAUUUUCGUCAAUUCUACGGUCGUACUUGUUUAACUACGC